AUGGCCAAUGGGUUGGACAGACUGGAGCGGCUGUUCUCCAAGAGGAAAUCUGCACCUGCCCGUGACACGACGGCGUCCAACAUAAACGGCAGUGCGCCCCCCGCUUCUGCACAGCCAGAGCCGGACUCCCCAUUGCUCGAGGUCGUCUUCCCACCGCCGUCCUUCAUAAGACCUACUGCAAAUCGCAUGCACGCCCGCGACGAGUUCGAACUCCCUUCGCCAAUCUCGGCUGCUCGGACCAGCUCUUCUGAUUCUGCAAGGAACAGCCGCCGGCUCUCCCACCUCGACACCCGGGAGAUGAACGACCCCAGGCGGCGGAGUGGCCCCGCGACCACUGCCUCUUUUCACCUCCCCAGUCGAACUUCAUCAUUACUCACCAGGAGACACGACAGGAAGCCGGGUGGGCUGAUCCAACUGCAGCUCCCUGGUGGGACGACAAGCACCGACAAACCCCCGUGCCACUCCCCCCUAUCCCCAUCAGCAGACAUCUCGUCAACCUCAGAAGACCAAAAGGUAGCUCAACGGCGUCUCCUUGAAGCAUUACCUAUCUAUCCAGCAGUGAAGGUCGAGACGCCUCCGGCCUCGGACCAGGAUGAGUUCAACUUUCCCUCACCGCCCUCCAGCACACGUGGACGAUUGCCACCCGCCAUUCUCAGCCCGUUCACACCAGAGCCUUCCCCUGAUAUGAUACCACAGCGUGAUUCCAUAUUGAGUGAACCAAAAACAAGCAGCGAUCUCAGACGUGAGUCGGUGUACACGGUCCCGUCCAGAAGAACUACACUCGCCACCAUCUCCAGCACUGCACUGCUGGAUGACGACUGGAGAGACUCAUACGUACAUGAUCCCCAGGUCACAGUCAGCCCAGAGUCAGGGUCUGUGUUCCAAGAACCCAGAGUCCAGGACUUCCUCGCCCUGACGGCUGAUGACCUGGCUGAAGUCCGGACAAGAGUGCCAUCGAAUCCACCCCUCAGGCUGCCACCGCCCCCGCCCGUCCUGCCUCCAAGCGUGCGGUCUCCGGCAUUCUCUCCUAGCAGACGAGGCAGCAACAUGCUGGCGCCGCUCGCGCCGGACGAGGUCGCAGCCUUCCAAGCGGCUCGGAUCGCCAAGAAAUACGACUUCGACUUCCUAUACGUCAUCAACUUCUGGCCAAAAGAGAUGGGCCACCUCCACCGGCCCAGCGAGCCCUCGAACCACCCCUCGAUCCCCAGCUCAGCCCUCUCAUCCCCAACAAGCUCCUUCUCAAAACCGCCAUCCAUCCUCUACUCCCCGACGUCCGACUGCCCAACCACCAAGAACUCGACGCCCCGCCACUCCCUCCAGGCCCCGUCCGACACAGGCAGCACCGGCAGUGGCGACUUCCACAUCACCGACUGCUGCCCCGAAUCCGCAGGCAUCCUCGGCAGCCCGCGGCCCCGCGCCGCGGUAGCCGGCCGCCUGCUCGCCGCCUACGGGCUCAACACGCUGGACGGGCCGUUCCGCCCCGGCGCCAGGGCGCACAGGAAGAUCCUGCGCGAGGGCAACGACGGCUGGAUCGAGUACCGCAAGACGGACGCCAAGGAGAACGAGUUCGCGCGGGGAUACGCCCGCUCGUACUACACGUCGACGGACGAGGUCUCGCCGCGCCGGGCGUCCGCACCAGGCGGCAGCAGCAGCACCACCACCAGCAGCGCCGCAACCGCAUCCCGGCUGGCGACGCAGACGGAGGGCGCCGUGAAUGGCGCGUCGGCGCGGGGCGCGGGUGGUGCGGGGGCGCCGCCGGCCCGCGUCAGCAGGGGCAUCGUGUUCGCUGCGUACCGGCGGCCGAGGGGCCACGGCGGCACGGUGCACAGCAGCCGGGCGGAGCUCGCCGCCCUCGAGAAGGACGCUGAGUCGCUGGUCGAUCUGGUGCUGGACUUCCACCAGGACCGGAGGCGGUGGGAGGUCUACCAGGACGCCAGGAGGGCCUCGGACUGA